GUGGUUCGUGGGCAGCGCUCAAUCGUCAAAACACAAUUAAAUCCCCUUCAUUCGAACGAAAGUGGCCAGAGGAGGAGUAUAGUUUUAACAAACAUUUUACGUGGUGCCUUAUAAAGUGCAUUAACAAUUACCCCAGUGCUUAGCAUGGCAGAUGAGAAGAGUUUUGACCAUCUCUACGAGAAUCUUAUUCUAAUAGACGGAGCGGCGAAUCUCGUGCACAAGAAGUUCACCCGGGACCAGGAGUCUGUGAUCCAGAGGGCGAAAGAUGCAGGAGUCCAGAAGAUCAUGGUGCCGGGCUCAUCGGUGAAGAGCAGUAAGGAGGCACUGAGACUGUCGCGAAUCUACCCAGGGAUUGUCUACUCCACGGCCGGAAUUCAUCCGCACGACUCCAAGUCCGUGCAGGAGGAGCUGGACUCGUGGCUGGAGUUCAGCUCCAUCGCCCAGGCGCCCGAGUGCGUGGCCAUCGGGCCCUGCGGCCUCGACUACCAAAGAGACUUCUCCGAACCGGAGGUCCAGAAGGAGAUCUUCGAGAAGCAAAUCCAACUCGCCUGCGAACUCGACAAGCCGCUCCUCAUCCAUGAGAGAUCUGCCCAAGAAGACGUCCUGGAGAUACUCAAGAAAUAUCCGGAAGUGCCACAAGUAAUUGUUAAAGGCUUUAUGGGCACCACAGACGAAGCACUAAAGUACCUCGGCCGAGGGUUCUUCUUAGGAUUAACUGGCUACUUGUGUAAGGACAAAUCGGACACCGGUGUCCGUAAAUUGCUGGAGGACGGAACUCUGUCAGUGGACAAGCUGCUGGUGGAGUCAGAUUCUCCGUUUAUGUAUCCAAAUACGAGGGCAUCGAAAUUGCCUCAGCACGUGAAGACUGCUAUUACUGAGAGAUCUUUGCUGUUUCUGCACAGAUACUGUACUUUUCAACGCAACGAACCAUGUAGUUUGCCGGCAAUCGUGGAAAUGAUUGCGGCCUUCAUGAAGAAGACACCCGAAGAGGUGGCUCUGGCCACUGCCUUCAAUGCCCUGAAGCUCUUCGGACUGUCACAGUAGAUAAGCUCUUUGAAAUUCUUGCUUCCAAGAAUCCCAAACUCCAUCGUCUUUUCUACAUCAUUUUAUCAAGUUCCCGGCGAACUGAUGGGGAAUAUCUUCCAAAAUGAUACGCUCUAUACAAUGGCAAUUAUUUACUCCCUAUUUAUUCUCUUAUCACCAAAAUUAUAUUCACUUAUUAUCCCCCCCAAUAUAAGUUGUAUCUCCUAUUCAAUUGCAAUUGAUCAGAAUAUUCUUGCCUGGGUGUUGAAAUGUGUCUUAUUUUAGGGAAAAAAAUGAUACUAUAUUAGUUGAUAGUAGUUUUUAUAAUCACGAUUUAUCAGUACAAAAUUGCUUCCACACUAUUUUUCCAACAUCAUAUAGUUGACAAAAUAUAACAUUUGCACUUGUUAUGUGUUAAUGAAGAGAACAAGUUUAAAAUAUGCUAUAAUAAUCUCAAGUUGACGAAUGAGGCCUUAUUCAGUCAGGAUCUUCCUUAAUAAAAAAAACCAACGUGACUUUCCCAUUUUAUCUAUCUAAGGCUAGGAAAAGCGCAGCUAUGUGAGAAAUAUUUUUUACUUCUACAAAUUCUUAUAUGUUCUAUCAAAAAUGUAUCGCAAAGGGAAAUUCGCCCUACUGAAAAUGCCUUUAAGUGUUAGUGAAAGAGAGAACGCGUGAAAUGUUGAUUGAAGUUAUGUGUAGAAUUUUAUAUGUAUAAUCAAACUUUUUAUAUUGAGAUAUGAAGCAAAAAAAAGGAAAACUAUUCAUGGAAAAAAAAUUGCGACUGAAAAUGUGUAAAAUAUAUUUCUGUAAAUAUAUUUUGUAAUAAUCAGAUUUCUUACUGUAUUAUUUCAAUAUAGGAAAAUGCAAUUUAUUUACAAUAUAUUGAUGUGAUAUUUUGUGAAUGAGAAAUCUGUUUGGCCAGACAGACUAAUAUUAUAUCAAAGUGCCAUUAUAAUUAUUAGAAAUAUAUUUUCGGAAAGCACAACGA